AUGGUGUUCUAUUUCGCCUUGUGGUUUCGCGAAAAGGAGCGUGCCACAGCAACCGGCCUGUUCUUGCUUGCAGCGCCUGUUACUUAUCUGGUGGGAGCGCCGCUCAGCACUGCGCUGAUGCACUACGUCACACUCGGCGACAUCGCAGGGUGGCGCUGGAUGCUCUUUCUGGAAGGGUUACCCGCGAUAGUGGGCGGCGUGCUGUGUUAUCGCUACUUGUUAGACAGCCCGCAGAAAGCCACCUGGCUCACUCAGAGUGAGAAAGACUGGUUGGCGGCCGAGUUUGAGCGAGAAAAAGCCAGCCAGCCUCCCGUUACUCAUUUGGGUACGUGGCAAGCGUUGACCAACCCCAUAAUCCUUUAUCUGUCGGUCAUCUAUUUCCUUUCCCAAGUAGGUGCAUUGGGUAUCGGCUAUUGGUUGCCCCAGAUAGUCCAGAACCUUUCAGCGGCUUUUUCAUUGACUCAAAUUGGCUUGAUCGCCGGCCUUCCGUAUGCGGCGGCUGGUGUUGGUCUCGUGAUUUGGGCGCGUUUGUCGGACCGCUUCUAUGAGCGCAAAUUUUUUACUGCCAUUCCGUUAUUGCUGGGGGCGAUAGGCCUGUUCGUCGCAGGAACCACUCAAGACCCUUACCUAGGCAUGGCGGCAAUUACGUUGGCGCUGACCGGAAUCUUCGCUACGAAAUCGCCAUUUUUUGCCAUGUUGACGCAGCUGUUUAGCAAACCAACGGUGGCGGUUGCUGCGGCAAUCAUUUCAUCGCUAGGUAACUGCGGUGGGUUCGUUGGCCCUUAUAUCGUGGGCGUGGUCAAGAAGGCGACCGGUACGUCCUCGGCGGGGCUGUUCGUAUUGAGCGGUGCAUUGUUAUUGGCGGCACUAAUGACUUUGUUCAUCGUGAUACCUCGCCACAAAUCAAAGCAAGCCUCGUUGCAAGCACUGAAGAUGAAAGAGCAG